AUGGCCGACGCAAACAAGCGCAAGGCCCCACCCACGGGCGAUGGAGGCCAGGCCAAGAAGAAGAAGGGAGGCAAUGCCGGAAGGUGGCAGACGCCGCAUCAGAGGCAGAAAGCGCUGACCGUCCAGCGCGGCAAUAUCGAGGUUGGAGAUGUGGGCAUCUGGGCGACCUGUGCUCGCGGCAUGGAAGCCAAGGCAGCCCGGGAGCUGCAGAUGCUCUUUGAAGAGCACGCCGAGAAGAUGUACGGUAUCAAGCCGCCUGGGCACGACUCCGACGAAGAGGACGACGCUCAGGAUAUCGAGGCGUCCAUCAAGAAGGAGAUCAGCUCGCUGAACCCCACCGGCGCCCAAAAGGCGGAACGGGUAUUUCUACCGGUCCGGCUGAGUCUCGAGUGCCUGCUCUUCACCAAGACCAGGCCGCCGGUGGAGCCAGUUCACUUUGUGAGGCAGAUAUGCCUCGAGGCCAAAGCAGCAGGGCCAGGAGCGCCGGGUAAAACCCGCUACAUCAACAGGCUGACCCCCGUGAGCCAUGUGGUCAAGGCGAGCGAGAAAGGCCUGGAAGAUAUCUGCAGAAAGGUGCUGCCGGGCACGUUCGUGCUGAAGGGGCAGGACGGAGUCCCGGCCGAGGUGGCAGACGACACGCAGUUCUGCACGUAUGGCAUCCGACCCACUACGCGAAGUCACAACACUUUGAGUCGAGACCAGGUCAUCAAGACGAUCGCCGGCAUGAUCGACGACCGCCACAAGGUGAACCUGGGGGCCCCAGACAAAAUCAUCAUGGUGGAAAUUUACCAGUCGGUUUGCGGAAUGAGCGUUGUCGAGGGCAGUGACUGGGAGCAGCUGAAACGGUAUAAUCUGACCGAGAUCUCCAACCAAGGCGCAAAGAGUCGCCAACCCCCAAGAGGCGACCCCAAAGGGGGUGCCAGCAGCAACGAGGACCCUUCGAAGGGAGGAAUCGCGCAAAGCACUGCGACAGCGGACGACGCGGCUUGA